UGGUUGAACAGUAUUUGGACAAGUUAAAAUCCAUUGAUCUUAGUUAUUCCACGAACCUUAUCCAGACACCUGACUUCACAGGAGUUUCGACACUAGAGAGACUACCUUACUGGAUGCACAAAUUUGGUUGAGAUCCAUUCAUCUAUGGGACAACUCAGUAGGCUUAUUGUUUUAGAUUCAGAAAACUGUGAGUCUCUUAUCAAUCUUCCUAGCAUGUCUACUGAAAUGGAGUCCCUUAGAAUUCUUAAUCUUUUGGGCUGUGAAUCUCUUAUGACUCUUUCGGAAUUUAAGGGAAUUAUGAAAAGCCUAUCAGAACUUUAUCUGGGAAAGACUGCUAUUGAUAAACUACCCUCAUCAAUUGAAUGUUUGACUGCCCUUACUUUACUAGAUCUAAAAGACUGCCUCAAUCUCAAAUGUCUUCCAAGUAAUGUGGAUAGUUUGAUGUCUCUUGAAGAACUUGUUCUUUCGGGAUGCUUAAAACUUGCCAACUUGCCACAAAACCUUUGGAAAAUAAAGUGUUUGAAGGAACUCGAUUUGAGUGGAACUAGCAUUAGUGAAGUUCCCUCUACCAUUGGAUGUACAGAGCCAUUAGAGAGAAAUUUUUGUGUAGAACAACUUAAUCUAAGUGGGAUGUCUAGACUUGAAGGUAUUGGGAUUAAUAGUUUUGGUUGCUUUUCCUCGUUAAAAUAUUUGACACUAAGUCGAAACAGUUUUGUCACCCUGCCUGCAAGCAUCAGUCAACUUUCAAAAUUGGAAGCUCUUGAUUUGUGCCUCUGCUCUAACCUUCAAUCAUUGCCAGAGCUUCCAUUGACUGUGAGAUAUAUAAAUGCUCAAGAAUGUUCUUCCCUAGAACCAUCACCAGCACUGCUAAGACUACGCAAUUUGGCACGACCUUGUUCCCACUUAUAUGGAUAUGAUGAGAGCAGCGGUGGAGUGGCAUUUACAAUAUUGAAUAGUUACCUACAGGGACUCCUUUAUCAAAAAAUGGGAUAUGAAACUUCUACCAAAAGAAAAGAAGAUGGAUCUGGAACCGAAUUUCAGAUAAUUAUUCCCGGAUUUUAUAUUCCGCGGUGGUUUACUCAUAGAAGGUUGGGGAACUCAGUAAGGUUAGAGCUGCCUCCAAAUUGGUGUAAUAGUAGGUGGAUGGGAUUUGCUCUUUGUGCUUUUUUUGAUGCAUUUUUCCCACUUAAAGAUUUUAUUUCUGCAUCUGUGGAUAAAACAUUUGGUCUUAGAGCUCAUGUGAUAGCCCUUGGUGGUGAUAUGCCUCCCAGGCACUAUAGCUCUGACAUUUUCUUUAGGCUGACAUCUGGUGUGUGCCACAUUUGGCUACUGUAUUUGUCUCGUGAUAGUUGGUUUGCCACUGUUGGGAAUGGUGAAUGCAACCAGAUUGAGGUUACAUUGAAAACUAUGGCCCACGUUUGAAUGUGUGGAACUGUGGAGUCAAUUUGGUAUACGAGCAAGAUGUGGAAGAGACUUUAACCAAACAAUUGCACAAUGCGACAGUAGCCACUUCAUUACUUGAGCGGGUUCGGAUGGGGAUGGUGUGCAUGAAUUUGACAAUAACCUAGUGCAUUUUGGAGCUUUUCAAAAGGAAGUUCAAAGAUUCAUCUCUUUUCUAAGCUUUACAUUUGGCGACACGUGUUCAAAACUUGUCAUGUGUCCAGUGGGGUUCUAAACAUAGGAGCAUUGGACCCAAGCCUUAUCCUUUUGGACACAGUUGGGUCUAGUACUCUGAUAAAUUGAACUUGAUAUGAUGAAGACACGUGUCCAAACUUGCCAUGUGCGUGCAUCAUGUUGGGCUCAGUGCUCCUACCUCUUCUGAGUUCACUGGCAUCUACCUCUACAUCAUCAUCAGUUUAAAAAUAACCAAAUGGUCUCAUUGUAAAUAUUACAGGAGGAACAAAAUAGGUUUUUGUACCAGGUAUGGUUAGAGAUGGUUCCAUGGUAGCGUCAACAGCAAUGCAAAAAUUGAAUGUUUAAACUUAAGUGUCACUUUUUUUUAAGGAAAAUCAUUAUUAUUAUUUUGUGGCUGAUGCUUGCAGAGAACUUCAGGAUAUGGACCAGAAUUCGGAGGUUGAAGCUGUACUCUUAGAACAUGUUAGCAAUGACUGGAGCUGCUAAGAAUUUGGACAACACUGCACAACCCAAAUAUCCACUUUCAAUUAAUUGGAGAAAUUAUCUUGCAUUGCUGAUCUUGUAUAAAGACAAGCAAUUUGACUUUGUUACAAAAAAUGAUAAUCAAUAGGAGAAAGUUUGCCUACCUUUACAGUAAAUCUACUCUCACAAAUUAUUUUACAAUUAUUAAGGUGAUAAGUUGUGAACUGUAGAUAAUAAAGUGAUAUUUGUUGUCAGUCCAAAUAAGAACUAGUGGCAUCUU